AUGCUUCCGGCCACGCAACUAUGUAACUUUUCAUUUCGACACAGUUCCUUAGCAAUAUAUUAUUUAUUGGUCGUUAUAGACAAUCUUGAUCGAAAUCAGUAUGAAACUCUCAAAACUUACUGGCUUUCACUGGUCUCAGACAUUGAUUUGGACCCAUCAAAGUUUGUUAGUUCUGCAUUGGGUGAUGAACUUCUCUAUCUAUUUGGUCGAGAUAAUCCGGAUGUUGCUCUCCUUCGAUGGUUACGUGCCAGAAAAUGGUAUGUACCAUCUGUCGUUCAACUCAUGAUGGAUACACUCAAAUGGCGCCGUGAAUGGGUCUUCGAAGGUCAAUCGAAAAAGGAGAAAGUGACUUGA